ACUCAAUCCCCACCCCAAAUCCCUAGUUCCCCGACGCCGGCGGCGCAAGAGGCGAGCAGCGCGGGGGGCCGGCGGCGCCAGCGGUGAGCAGGCAAGCAGCGGAGCACGGGUGACGGCGCGUCCGCGAGCAAGAGCAGCCGAGCAGGUUGCAGACAGGCGGCCGGCCGCCGGCGACGCCACGGGAGCGCGCGUGACCAGGAUCUGCUCCUGACCAGGCAGAGCAAUAGGCCAGCAGCAGGCCGGCGGCUACAAAACAUCUAAACAAAGGAAUCAAUCUGAAUUAAGAAGAUUAGCGUGAUGUCUUUCCUCAGGCUGUUACCUCAAAGGUUGCCGCAACUUUUUAGGCAGAUGGAGCAAGAUGUUGAGACAGUGAUAAACGUUCUACAGCCAGGACCGAUAGGGAUUGUGGAGCACAAAUUCACUGAUGCAGAGAUCCGCAAUGCCCAAGCUGUAGUAAGGCGAGCAGUCGAGAAUUGGCAGAAGAGCUCGACCCUUGAGAGAAAUCUUGGUAGUGGUUCUUUCGCCAAAUAGAACUAAUGCCACCAACACAUGACUUGGUGGAUCAGCCGUACCGAGUAUAAACGGGUUGUUAACUUGUUACGACAUCGCUUUCAAAACGUUGAUAUAUUUUCUUCCUGAACGAAUCCAUGCAAUCAGAUGCAUUAUAUGCAGUCUGUUCACUCUGUUGCCAAUAAAAGUACUUUGAACUUUUGUUAAUUGUUCAUUGAACUUCUGAGGUUUUGGAUGUCCCAA